AAUGGAAGAGAAAAGAAGACGGGGAAGUUGUGUGUGCGAAGAUUUGAGAAAUUUUCAAUGUAGUGUGUGAUGUUGCUGAGUGCGGACGAACUUUUUUGGGUGACAAGCAGCUGUGAAAAGUAUUAAAAUUAUUCUAUAAAUUUGUGAAAACAACCAAUAACAAGUGAAAAUAAUGAUGCAGAGCAAUUGGAAUUUUCCAACCAGUCCAGUAUUUCAGUGAAUCCUCAAUUGUUAACGAAUUAGCAGUGCCUAUCGAGAACCCACAUUGGCUUUUCUUCAUUUCUUUGGGGGGACAAUGUGUGUGCGAUUCUAACCUCAUUCUUAGAAAGUGUGCUCAAAGUGUUAUUUAGAACAAUUUCUCUUCACCUAGAGAGAGAUAGAAAAUAACUGAGUGAAAAUUAAAACGUGAUACAAACUGGAUAUAGCACAAUUUUCUCGGAUCAAAGGAAAAAUGCCACAGCCAAAUUGUCAAUCUAUACGAUAUUGCUGGGAGGCGGAAAAAGUAAAAACCUUGAUACGGUUGAGGGCAGAACUUUCACCACUCUUCACGGGCAAACGAAAUGCAGCCAAAUACGCUUGGGCUGUCGUGGAACGCGAAUUGAAUGUUCCACUGCCACUGGCGAAGAUAAUCAAGAAGUGGAACAAUCUACUGCAAGAAUAUAAAGCUAUAAAAUUGUCAGAAGAACCCAAAAGACGCGACUGGCCCUUCUUCAACAUGAUGGACGUGUAUUUUAGUGACCAAGUCAAUGAUCCAACAUUGCGACUCUUCUCGUCCACGAAGACCUUUGGGGCUGACAAUCUCGAUGAUUGCACUUUCGAAGACAGCAUCGUGAUGUCUAAUGCAAUUGCAGCAGCAACAGCAGCCGCACAGCAGGCUUCACGUGAAGCACGUGAGUCCGCAGAGGCAGCAGAUAUGAUGCAAGAUUCAAAAUCAGUCAGCUCUCACGACGACAAUGACUCCACAAAGCCAAGUACAGUAGGACAUGCAGCUCCAUCGACAACCUCCACACCAGUCAGCAAUUCCUACAACAACGGCAUCGGUAUUCGGGACUAUGACGAGCUGAUGGAGUCAAAGUACACUGAGGCUAUGCACCAGAAGGAUGUUUCAGCACAAGAACUCCUACAGCAAGCAGAACACCACAAUAUCGAUCAGUACUUGCUGUCCUGGAAUAAUUUCUACGGGAACAUGUGUCGUGGCUUCCACAGCCUCCAGAAGGAUGGACAAAUGGUGGAUGUGACAAUUGCGGCAGGUGGAAAAAUCUUCAAAGCACACAAACUCGUUCUAUCCGUGUGUAGUCCAUACUUUCAGAAAAUCUUCCUUGAACACCCUUCCACACAUCCCAUACUCUUCAUGACAGAUGUACAUAGUAAUCACAUGGCGGGUCUCCUGGAUUUCAUGUACAGUGGCCAGGUGAAUGUAAAGUACGAGGAUCUCCCGAAUUUCCUCAAAGUGGCGGAGGCCAUGCAAAUUAAGGGGCUCCACAGUGAAAGUACAUCCGACCAAGAGGAUCCGGGGAAGCAUUCAACGCACAAUAGCGCAAAUUCAGCUAAUAGCAAUUCAAAGCAGUUCAAACAUCCCGCAUAUCCAGGUGUUACAAAUCUCUCCAUGGCAGACGCAUAUCAGCACCGAUCGAUGGUACCCACGAGCACAGGCAAGAGCCCAAAUCUUACCAGAUCCACACCACCCAGUAGUCUAUCGCCAGCAUUGGCGCAAUCACGGUUGUACCAACCACCACCCCCGCCACCACCACCCAAUGCAGCACCCAAAUACCAAAUUCACAGCACAAGCAAAACCAUGUUGGACAAUCAGAAGCACCAGAAGUACUUUUCCAAGCGCAAAAUGGCCACACCAAUGGAAGUAAUCAGUGGUGACAGCAAAAUGGAUGCCAAACGGAACCGACUGGCUGAGGAUUCGAACAAAAACUACAAAGCACUGCCACUAACGGAUGAGGACCUUGUAGAGGAGCGCGAAUCAACAGAUAGGAAUGUUAAAACGGAACCCGAACCGGACAACGACAGCAACACCCAGACACAGCAACAACAGGAAGAGGAAGUUUACUAUGCGGACUCACCAACAGGAGCAGCAGCAGCUGCUAUUGCAGCAACAGCUAAACUCAAACAUUCCAUCCUCGAGUCCCAUUUGAGGCAAAAUGAAAAUAGUGCACUCUCGGGAAAGCUCAACUUUACGCGGCAGAGUAGCUGAAAAUGGUGACAUACACUGCGUCCGGCACAAAUGAUCCCCGGUCGUCCUACAACCACAUUUCUCAAAUCCCUGAUCGCCUGACAUUUCGCAUUUCGCUAAGAUUUAUAUUUUUUUUUCUUAUUAUUUUCUAGAAAUUCUUUUUUAUAUUAUAUGAAAAAAAAGAUGAAAUUUACAAUGUAUUUAACUCUAAAUUUCCUCUCUAGACCAAUUCUCUAUACAUUUUAUGAAUUAGUAGAAAUAUAUACUCCAUCCCAAACCCCCCCCCCAUUUCCUUAUAUGAAGUAACUUUAAUAAACAUAAAAUGUACGAUGUAUUUAUAUAAAAUAAUAAUAUCUUAAUAAAUUAUUGUUUUCAAUGCAGAGGCUGUA